AUGGUCUCCAUUGUGAACAGACUGUCUGAACUAGAGGAAAUAUUCAUAGAAGCUGCAGAAUUUGGAGAUUUUCCAACCAUCAAAUCACUUUUGAAAGAACAGGGAAAGGGACAGCAAGUGUUUUCUGUGGACUACACGGAUAUCGUUGGUCGUACACCACUUCAGUUGGCAGUUGCAAAUGAACAUUUAGAGGUGGUUGAGCUGCUUUUAGGACAUUCAAAUAUAUCCAACAUCCACGAAGCUCUACUCCACGCAAUCAGUAAAGGCCAUGAACACAUUGCGGAAUCUAUCCUCAAGCAUCCGAAAUACAUAGAGAUAAAGCCAAAGAACAAAAGAAUUGGAGAGACAGACCACUUCUUCAACCAAACUAAGGAGGACUCGCCAUUCUCUUCUGACAUAACGCCGAUCAUACUGGCAGCAGAGAGAAACCAGAUCGAAAUUGUGCAGCUUCUUCUGCUGCGUGGGGAGAAGAUUAAAAAGCCUCACCAUUAUUACUGUAACUGUCAAGAAUGCAGCAACAAACUAGAAUUUGAUGAGCUCCGCUUGGCAAAAACUCGCUUAAACGCUUACAAAGGAUUGGCCAGUUGUACUUACAUAUCGUUGACAAGCGAAGAUCCCGUGUUAACGGCUUUCGAAUUGGCUAAAGAACUGCGAUAUGUUUCAACUAUUGAGAAAAGUUUUAAGACAGAGUAUUUGGCACUUGCAGACCAGUUAAGUGACUACGUCGUGAAACUACUUGAUAAGGUCAGAGGUCAUGAUGAACUAGAAAAACUUAUAAAUAAAAAGCGUCGGGAUCCACACGACGAGUCUUACGAUCUUCUUGCACGACUUCACCUGGCCAUCCAGUGUAACGAGAAGAAAUUUGUAGCUCACUCGAGUUGUCAGCAGAAACUUGUUAGUAUUUGGUACGACGACUUCCGGAUUAUCGAACGGUCCCACUGGUUGAUACGGAUAUUCAUUGUGUUGGGAAUAGCCUUAACGUUUCCAUUUAUGUCACUGCUGUACUGGGUCGCUCCUACCGCAAAGUUUACAAAAUGGAUGGAGAUUCCGUGUAUCCGGUUCAUCGGCCAUACACUAUCCUUCCUAAUGUUCCUGACGCUUAUUUUGAUUUCCACGUUAGCGGAGGGAAUAUCGGAGACAAACAAGCUCUCGUUUUUUCUCCCUACACACGAAAAGUAUCUGUGGUACAAAAACCAAAGCAAUCAACCUUUGCCAGAGGAUUUUGCAAUUCGCAUCUACAGUCCGGAUGUCAUCACAAUACUGUUAUCUCUAUGGAUUUUUGGGAUGUUAUUGCAAGAAACAAAACAGGUUUAUAGUGAUGGAUUUACAAGCUAUUUUGAUUCCUUGUACAACUAUAUGGACGUCGCUGUUUUAACGUUGUAUAUUACUUCUUUCACCCUGAAAUAUCUCAGCAUCAUGAAAACUAGAAUGGCUCUUACCUACUUCGAGAAUACCACAUCUUGGCAAUGGCUACUUUAUGGCCAACAGGACGCUGGCAAGCAAUUAUACUGGAUAAUUGCAGACCGGCUUUACUGGGACUCCCUUGAUCCACAUAAUGUAGCAGAUGGCCUGUUUGCAAUGGCGAACGUCAUCAGCUUUUGCCGCGUGACACACGUAUUACACGCUUAUGAACUCUUUGGACCUAUGCAGAUAUCCUUAACAAGAAUGAUUGGGGACAUUCUCAAGUUUGCAGUUAUAUUCUUGGUUGUCUUCAUCGCAUUUCUGGUUGGUUUACACAAUCUAUACUGGUAUUACCCCAAAGAAACUAGAAGAUACAUUGAAUUUGUCCCAAACAACAUUACAACGUCGGCAGAAAAGGCAUUUGGCUUUCCCACGACAUUUCACACUGUUUUCUGGUCGCUGUUUUCAUUGGGUGAACCAACAGUAGUUGAACUUGGUUCGUUCAAUCAUUACUUCACGCAGAAUGUCGGUUACUGGAUCUUUGGAGCCUACAACAUAUCCACUGUUAUUGUUCUGCUAAACAUGCUGAUCGCAAUGAUGUCGAGAUCGUUUGAAAAAAUACAGGAAGAAGCUGAUACUGAGUGGAAGUUUGCAAGAAGUAAAAUUUACAUGGAGUUCAUCAAAAACAACAACGAGCUGCCCGUUCCUUUUAACAUCUUUCCAACUCCACGAUCUGUCUGUAAAAUGUUUGAAUCUUGUUGCUGUAAGAGGGAACAAAAUGAAACAACACAGGAGAUAGAGAAUAACAUGACGGAUGCAGGGAAGUUUAAUACACCACAAAAGAAGACUCUCGUACAGAGACUGACUAACGGCUUCAUGAGAAACGAUUCAAAAGGAAGUGAUCACGAUGAAAAACUUACCUACACGAAAGUAAUGAAGAGAAUUGUGAAACGCUUUGUGUUCGACAUGGAAAGAGAUGUAGAGAAUAGAGAUGCGGAGCUUGAUGAACUGAAGCAAGACAUAUCUAGCUUCAGAUACGAGAUUUUGAACCAAAUGCAGCAAAAGAAAAAGCAUCUCAAAUUCGUGGAAUUCAAAGUGCAAAAAUUAGAAACAAAACUAGAUUUCCUUCUUCAGCAACAGAGAAAAGUUCUGCAGAAAAUCAAUCCUGAUGUAUUAGAGGAUCUUCCCGAGGAACCAGAGGAGACGAGAACCCCAAGCAGACGUUCAAGGAUAUUCGAUAGCUCUUAUUGGUCAAUUGAUAGCGCUUCGUCUGCAGAUGAACAGUUUGCAGGAAGUGAAGGCAUAGAAAAUGAGAGUGAUGGCACAAAAGAAGAUAUCUCAAGGAACCUGGAAAAAUAA